UUUACGAUAUCUACCACUCAAGGUAAAAAUUUUUUUUUAAAUUUUAUGUUUUUAUUUUUUUUUAAUAUUAUACGAUAGUUCAAUGGUAUAAAAGCGGGGCACGAUAAUAUGAUUUUCUCUUACUAUUCAACAUUGAAAAAUUCUACACUACACUUUUGUCGUCCACUAAGCUGUACAAGGACAUUAGAAAUAAUGGCAACUCCAAUAUCAUUAAGUAUUGCAAUUUUGGUCCUUCUGUCAAUAUACGUCAAUACUUAUUGUGAAAGACAGACAGGAAAUAGUGUAUCAACAAAUGAAAAUAAUGCUAUAUCCACUAAAUGUAUUCCAAUAAAUAAAUACUACAAACAACAAGUGACUGGAAACGUCGUUCAUACCAGUAAAAUAAACAUUAAUUACUGUGGUUCCCAAACACAAUUUAUAGAGAUAUUUGCUGAAGAGAAAGUUAUUAUCGACGAAGAUAUUAAUUUGAAAGGCAGGCAGAUACAGUUAGCAAUAAUUGCUCCGAUUUGGGAAGUAAAAGAUAAUCGAGAAAUUAAUUUAGAUGGAAUAGAUGCCGACGAUUUUAAGAAAUCAGCAGAGAAUGGUAAUGAAUCCGGAAAUAAACAUGGAGAAGAUGGAAAUGCAGGAUUACCGGGAGGAUCUGCCGGAAGUUUCUAUGGUGUUGCAAAAGAAAUGAUCAAAGGACAUAAUUUAAUAAUUUUAGCAAAUGGUGGGCGAGGAGGAAAAGGACAAGAAGGUGGCAAUGGUACGAACGGUAGAGCGGGUGUAAGUUUAAUGGAUAAAAAAGCAUUUGACUGUGAGGCAGGAAAUGUAACGGGAUUUAAGGUGUCAAAAAUUGACAAUGUGCCAGGAGGAUUGAUGACAGGAUUUUCACGAAAAUACUAUACUGUAGAAGGACAUAGUGGAACAAGUGGUGGAAGAGGAGGAAAUGGUGGCGCUAAGGGAUUAGGGGGUUUGGCAGGAAAUAUUCUUCUCUUCGAUUUAUCGAAAAGUGAUGGUAACAGUUAUGUUGUAAUCAAUAACUAUACUGGUUUAGAUGGUUUUGAUGGAGUUAGGGGAAUUGGAGGAUUUGGAGGACAAAAUGGAAAAUCAGGAACAAUUACAUGUCAACAGAAAAAUAUAUUUGGUAAAUAUAAACCAUUAGAAUUACUUAUACCUUUAGGACUUACUAAUGAAUCGGGAUCAAGAGGUACAGACGGACUUACUGGAAAGAGUUUAAAAAUGCGUCAAUUACCCAAGACAACAAUCAUUAUACAAAACUUCCCACAAACAAUAAAUGAGUAUAAAUUUUACAUCAGAUCUAGAUUCAAUAAAAUUAACGGUAAUAUAUUAGUGCAUUCUUUUUAUGACUCAUUAAAUGGUCGACAGGAAAUAACUAAGCUGUAUGAUGCAAAAAGUUUAGUUGACGAAUUUACAGGAUUGGAAUCACAAUAUUUUUUCUUGGCAGAUCGUGACUGUCUUACAUCAUCAUAUGUUCAUUUGUUUAGAAGAUUUCAAGAGUAUAUAAAGAAUGCAAAUUAUGCUGAAGAAAAUGAUAGGACUUAUAAGGAUAUUUUGAGAAACUUGCACUGGCUCAUACAGGAAAGAAUUACAGUGAUCCAGGAACCAAAAGGGUAUACCGUACUAACAAAUAUUGCUGAUAGUUACAACUCUAAUGGGAUAGUACCAAAAGGACUAUUAUCAAAAAUUGAGGAUGUGUACAGCAUAGUAAUAGAACUUAACAAUAGAAUAAAUAGCAUAGAUAAUCAUAUAAAAAGGGCCAGAGAUUUGAUAAAGAAUGAACUACAAGUUUCAAUGAAUGACUUACAGAAUACAUUAGAUACAAAAAUAGAUACACUGUUAAUGGAGAUUACAGAAUUAAUUAAAUCAACAACCAAGAAAGAGAAUGAAUUAAUAGAAAAGCGUGAAGAGUUACAAUCUACAAUGCUGUUAAAAGGUAUAUUUGGGAUUUUGAAAAUCAGUUGCGGAGUAGUAUCAGUUUUAAAUCCAGCACUCGGAGUGGCAGCUGCUGUAGGCACAUCAGCAUUAUCAGUUGCUGAAUCAUUUAAAACCGACACUAAUAUCGCGGACCAAGUAACAGAGAUUGGUAAAUUAGGUCAGGUAGUAUCAAGUGUCUCAGACAAAUUUCUAGAAGGUAUCGAACCUAGUGAACGAGAAUCAUUCUUUAACAAUCAUAUAUCAAAUAUGGUGAAGAACAUGUCAAAUACCGGAAUAGAAAAUGUUAUAAAAAUGAAAGAAAAGUUCAUCAAUAUUUUCAAAGAACCAAAAACAGAACCAGUGUUAACAAGUUACAAAUCAUAUAAAUUCGAUUCAGAUUUUCAAGAUGAAGAAAUAUCUAUUAAGAAUGAUAUUCAACAGGCAAUUAAAAACAAAGAUAUAAUAACUUUUAAUGAUUGCAAAAUUCAAUUAAACGUAUUAAAAUUCAUAAAAGUGAGUAAUGAAGUUUUGUCACCUGGAUCUGCUACUAUGGUAAACAUUAUGACAGAUGUAACAAAAGUUAAUGAAAUUGACAAUACAUUAAAAGCUAAUGCGAAAAAUUUGAAAAAUUUGUACACUAUCGAAGAAGGUAUAUACAGUACAACUCAACCUAUGAUUGAUAAAAUAUUUACCGAUAUAAAUCAAGUCAAACAUAACAUGAAUAAUAUGGAUAGAAGUGAAAUUAUAGUUGCUAACUGGAAAGUUUUUAGCACUUUAGAAGAAGUACAAAGAAAAGUGAAGGAUACAUUAAAACUGUUUCACACAACUGAUGAUAUAGACUGGACUCUUCAAAAACUCUCCAAUACCUUUCAAGUUAUAACAGACAUUCACAAAGAGAUAUCACAACAAAGAAAUCAAAUAUCUGAUUCGACGUUUGUAACAGCGUUGCAUUUGCCUGAAGAGAGUAGGAUAUUAAGCAAAGACCAUAAAUUUGCAGCCUCAGUAGCUCAAUUGAAAAAAGUAUUUCAUCAAAAUAAAUUAAAAGACAUGUACAACGAAUGGAUUUAUGCUUUUAAGCAAUAUUCUUUUCCAAAAGGAGGAGAGUAUUUAAAUGAAACAGGAUGGCCAUAUUCUUUCGUAGACAAGGAUGUGAAUCAAAUUACAGAAGAAAUAAAGGCGAAUAUUGAUAAUUUUCUGAAAUAUUUUACUGUGGAAAAAGAGAAAAGAAAAUUAGUGGAGAAUAACAAAGCAGAUCAAUAUAGAGGCAGCUGUAGUACAGAUGGAAAAGCUUUCUUUGUUUGGAAAAAAGAAAAUAGUAAUCAAGUAAUUGCUAAUAUUUUAAGAGGUCAUAAGACGACAAUAAUUUCCAAAGGAUCCGUUGGUUCGAUUGACUCUUUAAAAUUCAACAAGAUUGGAAUUGUUUUCACUUCAGUGAAUACGUCAAUUCAAGAUAAUUUGUUCAGAGUUUUAAGUACCUUUAGAGUAAAUUUAACACAUCACGGGGACUCUACUUAUAAAUUUAAUAACAAAAAUUUUCUCAUUGAAACCAAACCAGUUAAUUUAGAUUUUAAAUAUCCUAAGGAAAGAAAUCAAAUUUCUAGUUUUUCGCCACCUUUACAUGAAGAAUUUGGUAAUGGUAAUUGCGUGUUAAGUCCAUAUGCAACAUGGACUGUUGAACUUAUUGCCGAAGGUGCAUAUGAUUUAACAUCACUGGAGGGUUUUAUUGGUAGAGUAGAUUUAGAAUUAAUUGGAGAAGGUAAUUCAUUUAAACCUGACAGAUGUGGUAAAUUGUGUCAAGAUACAAUGACCACAGCUUACAAACUCUUAGCGGAAUAAUAAUUCUUUUCUUAACUGUUUAUAUGUAUUUUUUAAAAACCCAAAUAAAAAAAUUAUUAAGAAUUCUUAAAACCAUUUGUUAAAUACUAAAAAUUUGUUUCUAGUAAAAAUCUCUCUAGUUAAUUCAUAUAUCUUUUCUGUAAUUAUCAAAAUUUUAUCAAAAAAAAUUUUUUUUAGUGAAAAAUAAUGUCUACAUUAUUUUUGUAUAAAAACGAUAUUUCACCAGGGUCAAUGUUAUUAAUUCACGUAAUAUUUUUAUUUUAAAUUUUUUUUCUACUUUUUUUAAUUCUAUAGAAUUAUUCUUUAAUCCCUUACAAUUUACUGAU